CGGCGCACCGUCUGGUUGAACUUUCACCCCUGCGUUUUCUUUUGUUUUGAUGUCGCAGAACAUUAUUUUCACCCACCGAACUUGGGUUUUUACUCUCUGCUUACCAAUAACACCGUCCUAAAUGACACACGGAGUAUGUUUCAAAUACGUCGAUCCAACUGUCGGUCAAAUGUAAAGCUCGUUUAAAAUCUAUUUUUAACAGAACCAGUCGUGCUAACUCGCUGACGUUAGCUGCCCAGCAUCACCAUGGAGCUUUUUCCAGUCAGAUUUUUCUAAUAUCUCGUUAAAGAACGGGUCGUCAGUCAGAACAACCGAGUGUGGUUUUAAAUUCUCUGACGCCCUUGAAAAGGUAACUUGUUAUCCGUUGUUUUAAUAGCGCAAUGUUUGGGAAUGUUUAGCAACCUCGACGUUCACUCGCUAUCUUAGCAACGCUUGUUACCUUGUCAACUGGAUAACAGCCAGACUAAUACAACUGAUUAGUGUUACAACCGUCACAAGUUCUACGGUACCCUUUGGCCUGUGGAUGCAUGUUAUUGUAGAAGAAUCGACUGGAUUCACACGUUAAGGAUUGCUUGUAAAGUUUUAUUUCGCUGCUGUUUGAUGCUACAAGCAUUUAUUAUGCAAGUUGUCUUUCAGUUGAUUUUAUAUGAUAUUCUGUUUGGAUCUUAUUUACAGCCUGUUUGGUCACGUUUAAGACAGCAGAGGACGACGGUGUAGAUCUCUCAAUGGGCGAGGAGAAGCCAGAACCACUGGAUUUUGUGAAGGACUUUCAGGAGUACCUGAGUCAGCAGACCCAACAUGUCAACAUGAUAUCUGGCUCUGUCAUCGGAGUGAAAGACAGCGAUGAUCUCCAAGGAGAACUUGGUCAGAAUGGCCUGGAGCACCCAGCAGUGGACAUGUCCUUAGAAGAUAGUUCAGGGAUGGUGGUGGAUGGCUUUGAGAGAACAUAUGAUGGUAAACUCAAGUGCCGCUAUUGCAACUACGCCACCAGAGGCACUGCACGGCUGAUUGAACACAUUCGCAUCCACACAGGUGAAAAACCCCAUAGAUGUCACCUGUGUCCUUUUGCCUCAGCGUACGAACGCCACCUGGAGGCACACAUGCGUUCUCACACAGGUGAGAAGCCUUACAAGUGUGAGCUCUGCUCCUUCCGCUGCAGCGAUCGCAGUAACCUUUCUCAUCACCGGCGUCGAAGACACAAACUCCUCCCCAUGAAGGGCGCACGUUCCGCUCUCUCUCACCGAAAGAUGCUCAGUGUUUUGCAGAAGAGAGGAAACUCACUUGGUUAUGGCCGCCGGCUGCUCAUCAACCUCAGCCCGCCAUCCAUGGUGUUGCAAAAGCCCAGCUCAGAGCAGCACCACUUGGGUGACUUCUCUCAUGAUCUCCCUCCUCAUGCCCACCUCCAUCAGGAGGCCUAUAAUGGUCUAGGAAAGGAUGCACAAGGUAGUGGAGUAAUUGGAAGUGGCUCCAGAGAAGAGCAAGACAUGGCAUUGGACAACCCGCUGAACCAGCUUUCGACUUUGGCCGGUCAGCUUGCCAGCAUUCCACCGGAAGCCCAAGUUGCACCAGUGUCUCCCGGAGCAGAAUCUCUACCAGACGAAAAACCCACAUUCCUCAUCCAACAGCCUGUGACGGCACCUGCUGCCGUUUCUGUCAGCGCGGCUCAAGUUUCUUCUCCCAUCACCCCCGAGCCCAGACCGGCUGCGCACAGCGGCUAUAGCCCAGGAGUUGGACCCUGCAGCGAGAGAACCAGCACUCCCAGUGGUACCAACAGCCAGCCAGGGACGCCCACCCCGGUACAGGACCCCCAGAUGCUCCACCACUGCCUCCACUGUCACAUAUAUUUCCCUGACAAUAUCCUCUACACCAUCCACAUGGGUUGCCAUGGUUACGAGAACCCUUUCCAGUGUAACAUAUGUGGACACAGGUGCAGAAACAGCUAUGAUUUUGCCUGUCACUUUGCGAGAGGCCAGCACAAAUAAGGACACAUGGGUAUUGAUGUCCUCUUCUUUGCCCUGUUUUACAUAAUAAUAACAUUCUAGUAUCUGGAACAUUCCAAAGACAAAAUCCCUGCUUUGUGAUUAUUGUAUUUGAACUGUUAUCAGUAUGUUAUGCUGAAGCAAAGACUAUAGAAUACCCAAGACGUGUCACUCGUUAGUUUUGAAUGGGGAAAAAAUG